AUGUCGAACUUCUCAGGGACCACCCUGCGCAAUGCGUUGCACUACUUCGAAACUGCUUGGCUUUUCACAAGAUCUGACUUCAAGACAGUAAUCUUCCCAGUGAUGAUAUUUGCAAAUGCCGUGUCCCCUCGUCACGACCCUCUAGCCCUGUCUCGCUCUCUGUUCUGGCUCUGGUUUCAUCUCUUCCAAAUCAACGUCUCUAAUCAAUCCUACUCUGCGCUUGAGGAUGCCGUUAAUAAACCAUGGCGUCCUAUGCCGUCUGGGCGCAUCAGCGUUGAGGACUCUCGUACUUUGCUCUACGGACUCUUGGUUUUUUGCUUCGGGCUUUCGUCGAUUUUUGGCUUAAACGUGUUGAUAACCAGUGUCGUAUUCUCUGUGAUGAUGGUGGCGCACGACGAUUUUAAUCUCAGCCACCAUCCCACUUUCAAAAAUCUAUGCAACAUGGGAUUUUAUGUGACACUUGGACUCGGUUCUUCGUUGGUGAUGUCGGGGAAAUCAUCGCCUGACGGCACGACCAUACAAGCACUUUACUGCUGCGCGAUUGUCAUAGUUCUGACAAUUCAUGCGCAGGAUUUCGCGGACAUCGAGGGUGACCGUAAGUCAGGACGACGAACACUGCCUAUCGUGGCGCCCGAAGGAUCUCGCAUCUAUAUGCUUUGUGUACUUCCGCUACUCUCUUUUGCACUUGCCUCAUUUUGGAGCGUGGGGCCUCUCUGCAGCAUUUUAUUUAUGUGUACGGGUUCUUGGGUUGCACUUCGCUACUUUCUCUUCCGCGACAAAAUUAGUGACGAGGCAACCUACCGCCUGUAUAACAUAUGGCUUGCGGGCAUUAAUGUUUUACCAGUCAAUGAGCGUUUUCGCGCAUUGGCAUGGUAG